UCCAAAUUCCCAGACACAACUACACAAGUGAGAGCUCCGCUCCCGUCUCCGGAAAGCCAAAACCCUAACCCUCGCCGCCCGCCGCCCGGCACCGCCAUGGACGCCGCUGGCGAAGAAGGCGACGAGUUCACCACGUACGAUCAAGUCGCGCGGUUCUUCAACUCCCUGGAGGGCCCGUCCGCGCAGGAGCGUAUCGACGGCAUCAUCCCCUUCCUCGUCUCCCUCCUCCCCGCGCCCUACGUCCCCGCCCCAGAGAUCGAGUCCGACUCCGACGACGAGCGCUUCUCCCUCACCUCCUCCGAGUCCGAGGCCUCCGACGACGGGGCGUACCACGACCCGAUCACGGCUGCGCCGAGCGACGGCGAGGAUCGCAUCAGCCGCCUCCCGGACACGCUCCUCGCCGACAUCAUCCACCGCCUCCCCACCAAGGACGCCGGGCGCACCGCCGCGCUCUCCACGCACUGGAGCCGCGUGUGGGCCGGAACCCCGCUCCUCGUCGACGACGCCCACCUCCUCGGCGCCGGCGGGACCUCCGGCGUCCCCGUCGUGCGCGCCCUCUCGCGCUGCGUGGCCGCGCACCCCGGCUCUGUCCGCGGCGUGCGCAUCACCCACGUCUCCUUCUACGCUCACGAGUACGCGCUCCGGCGCCUGGUCGCGGACCUCGCCGACAAGGACGUCCAGGAUCUCAUCCUCGUCAACCGCCCGUGGCCGCUCGACAUGCCGCUCCCCGACGACAUCCUCCGUUGCGCCUCCCUCGACCGCCUCUACCUCGGGGUAUGGCGCUUCCCGACCACAACCGCCGCGCAUCCGCCCGCGUUCCCCGACCUACGCGAGCUCGGUCUCUUCCACAGCAUCGUCGGCUACCAAGAACUCGAGGCCCUGCUCGCGUACUGCCCCAAGCUGGAGGUCCUCUCCAUCGUCAUGUCGUACCACGACCCAUCGCGUUUCCGCCUCGUCUCCGGCAGCCUCAAGAUUGCGGUGGACUGGAUGUCAUCCUUCGACGAGGUCGCCGUGGAAGACGCCCCAAGCCUCGAACGGCUGCUCUUCCAGAGUAUUGGCAAGAGGAGGCCCGUCAAGAUUGUUGGCGCCCCGAGGCUGGAGGUGCUCGGGGUCCUCGACCUCGACCUCCACACCCUCGAGAUCGGUGGCACUGUCAUCGAGGCUGGGAUGAAUGUGAGAGCUAGCAACAUGGUACCAAGCCUGAAGAUACUGGCUGUGAAGGUUCAGUUUGCCUGCAACAUGGAGGCCAAGAUGCUGCCGACUUUGCUCAAAUGCUUUCCUCACCUUGAGACGCUUCACAUCAUGCCCAUUCCAUCCAAUUCACUGGACAGUGUACAUGACCUGAGGUUCUGGGAGCACCAGGGUACUUGUGAGUGCCUCGAAUCACAUCUGGAGACUGUGAUCGUCCAUGGGUCCUUGACGGAGGGUCAUGGGGUUGGGUUUAUCUGGUACAUCAUGGGAGAGGGCAAGGUGUUCAAGACCCUGAGCUUUGUUUGCAGCGAUGAGAAGGCGAGAGGCUUCAGAGAGUCAGCUGAAGGCAGAAGUGGUGAAGUUGCUAUCUGUGUGGUCGCCCCACGCUGGAGUUUCCAAGCUGCCAUUGAUUCGUCCCUGGCCGACCCCUUCUGUGCGCUGUAGGCUCAGGCAUGAGGAUGCUGGUGUGGUUUAGAGAUGGAGUUUACUGUGCUUGGGGAGUUUCGUGGUGAAAUUGGCAUGGGGAGAAACGUGGACAUGAAGGUCUGUAUAAGCCGGUUUAACUGUUAGGAUCUGAUUUGGGUUUUUCUGGAAAGGAAUUAGAAUUCUGGGUUAUGUUGCUUCUUUUCUGCAUGUUGUUUGGCUCCUCUAUUUUACCCGGAUGUGCGAAAUCAGGCUGGAACUUCUGCUUGUCGUUAGUCUGUUAAAGUUCAUAUUGACAGCUAUUUGUCGGGUGCAAUGUUGUGGCUCGUACUUGUAUGUUAAGUACUGAGACACGUGUAAUCUGAGACUUCGUUGCCAAGUUCCCGGUUGGCAAAUAUACUACUACUACAGCAUUUACGUAGUAUUUUUCA